AUGUCAGAGGGUGCUGUGACAGGUGUCCAUCGGUACGCAGCCGUCGGAGCGCUCGCCAAGUUGCACGCCAGCGCCCCUUCGUCCGAGGAGAAACGAUUGUCGAAUGCUGUACGGAGGGGUGUAGCCUUUAUAAUAAAAAUCAUGAACUUCAUGCUAUGGUUUGUACUGCUCUGUCGGUGUCGGGCAACAAUAGCAAGUGAAAAGGACAGCGACAUGGAACUGCUACUCGUACAAGCAAUAUGGCGUCAUGGGGAUCGAUCACCCACGAGAACCUUUCCGAACGAUCCAUUUCAAGAAAGGAACUGGACAUUUGGCGGUGGAGGUUUCGGGCAACUUUCGCCUGUGAGUUAG